AUGCCCAGGGGUUUGGCCCACAAUGGUGCCGAAUACCAGAGAGCUGGGGGCAGAUCUCUUCGUACGCGUGAAGACGAAGAUAUUAACAUCGACAAGGAGGAAGAGAGGGGCUUCUUCGGGAAGUCGAAGCUCCCGCCUGGUGUCACCAAGGAACAAGCAGACCAAAUCAAGCUGAAGUGGUUGAAAAACUCGGCGUUGUACGAUGAUAUAAUCCGAGACGCUAACACGUGGUUUACGGCACUAUCCACUUGGAGGGAUAUGGGGUAUUCGUCAGGCAAAGUCAAGCGUGCUAUGAAAAAGCUUGGCAAAACCUCGGCCGAGAUCAAAUACGUCAAAGACGGCUACGAAAAGUUUCUAAAUGGAAACAUGAUUCGAUCGCAGUAG